AAAAGAAAAUGCUGAAAAGUACAUGGAGAUGCUGGAGGAUAAACUUCAUAGCUGUGGGAGCCAGCUGCUCCAAAGAGUGUGGGAAGCUGACUUGGAGGCCUGUCAGCUGUUGAUCCGAGGAUUUCAACUGAAAGAAACCAGUUGCUGUCUUUUUGAGGAAGAAGAGAACCAAAUGGAAGAGAUGGAGAUGACUGCUGAUGGCCCAUCUGAUUCUGAAAAAAGAAAAGAAGGUCACUUUCCAAAGGGCACGGAGUGGGGCACUUUUCCCUGCCCCAAACACAGCGAGAUAAAAGAGGUUAUGGAAGACAUUUCAUUUGGAGCAGAGGGUCAUUUAUCUGAGGAGUUCUUCAUAUUUUCUGCAGCGUUGGGAGAAAAAUGUGAAGCAAUAAGUGAGAAAUUGGUGCAUCUGGAAGAUCAACUGCAGACUUCCUCCUGCAGAGUUGAUGAAGGAGUUAUUCAGUCUCUGCAGAGGGAGAUCCAGGUGGUGAAGGAGACACUCCAGACCGUGCUGGUGCAACUUCAGCCAGCCAGGGAGGCAGAAGAAGAAAAGGCUGGAGACUUCCUCUGUGACAGCUGGUGUCCAGGAAAACAAGACUUGAAGGAAUAAUGAGCAGAAAGAGCUGGUAAGAUGACAUUAAUUCACAAAGGGCUGCUUUUAGUAACUGAAUACUGUUUUACCAAGCCUCAGGGAUCUUUUCUCUCCCUGCAUAACUAAUAACUAAAUCAAUUAUGGAGAAACAGAGCCUGGAGGUCUAUCAUCAGAAGAAUUCUACACAGCCUCAUACGUUUUGGCACAGAUUGGGAAACAGCUUUCAGAGCAGAGCAUCCCCUGUAAAUGUGUAGAUUACAAAUUGAUACAUUUCAAGUGAGUCUGCAAAGUUGCCUUUAAUGUCAGUGAAAUGUUCGCCUUGAAGACUCGUAAACAGUAUCUGUCUUCCUUACUCAUGCAUUUUUUUUUCCUGAUUUAAAAAUGUAGUGUUAAAGCUGGAACAUCUAGUAUUUCUUGAAAAAUAGCUGUAAGAAUAAUAAGAACUUUCUUUUUCUUUUGGCUUAAACAGCUUUCUUACACUGAAUGUAUUUUCACAUUCCUGCUAAUAAUUAAAUCAAUAGGAUGAAAUUCAAGCUAACCAAGUUCUUUCAACUGAAAUUUGGACCUCAUUUACUCAGUGGUGUUGAGUACAAUGGAGGUAACUAACAGCAGCCCCUAUAGGAGUAGUCUAACCCUUUCAUUUAGGCAUUAAUAUAAACUUGCUUUAGUAUUACAGGGGCUGUAACACAAAAAAACUACUAUGUUGGUGGUGUGUGUUCCUUAUAUUUAAAUAUUGUAUGAACAAAGUCAUUUAAAUCUCCUUGUAAAGUUUAUUACUAUUAUUAUAUUACUUUGAUCUUCCUUAUAAACUUCAGAACAAAUGCAGAUUUUAUUGCAAUAGACACAUGUAUAUAUACACACGCACAUACUUAAACAUGUAUUUUUAUAGGAAAUAAAAGCAAUGUUCAACUGUUUAACUAAUAUAAAUUACCUGUAUUUAGAUAGUUGUUCUAAACUAAAUGCUUUUAGGAAUUCAUUGGGUACUCUUACUCGGAUAUCAGGAUAUCUCUGAUGUCACAAAAAAAUCUGCUUCUGCCAUUUGUUGCAGAGGAAGAAUUUAAAAAAAGAAAAUCUGAUUUUUUUUAAGCCAGUAGGUGAAGCAACUCAGUACUGUACUUUUCAAUACUAUUUUUCUGACAUUUUUAGAAUUACUUUGUUUCUGCUGUUUCAGUUGCUCGUUUUAUAGCCACAUUGUGAAGGUUUUUCAAAUUUUGAAGGUCAUUGUACUACUAGCCCACUAAGAUUGUGUUCAUUUUCUUUGUGUGUUUUAAUACUAGUUGAAACUUCUACCUCAAUGUUAAGAACAUAGGGAGGGAGGGGGAAAAAAGUGCCAGGCAGCUGAAACAGACAACUAGAUAAUUGCAUCCAGGAGUAUGUGGUUGUCAAACCAGGGGAGCAGAGCUCAGGUGGUUUCUGUGGUCAUCAGAUGCUCAGAGUGGAAUUACAACCCUGUAAUUCAGAACAUGGUUGAAUUUUCUUAUUGUAUGAUAUAUGGGUCAGGAUCUGUGUUGCGGUAAAGACUCUUGGAUCUUUACCUUGCAUGGACACUGCUACUCAGUUCCCAGCCCCAGACUCAAAGGAAAUAUCUUGCUGCUCUGCUCCUGCCCUGUUUGACAAGUUUCUUUCUCCUGGCUUUGCUGGACAGUCCUUGUUCAAUACCUACCUCCGCAUAGUAGAUUUGGCACUUUCUGGAGCUCCCUGAGAUGGAUGCUCAAGGCAUUCAGUCCCAGCUCUAGUGCAGGCAGCAGCCUGUGGCACUGACAUUUGGCCCAUGCACAGGACCAGCUCCCCUGGAAGACCCUGGCUGGGCACACAUCACCUGGCUGCCAUCACCUGGCUGCCUGGGGACAGCUGUCAGCCAGAAAGCACUCAUGGAAACCCACAUGUGUUCAGGUAAACAGAAAAGAGAGCACACUGACAUGACAGAUCUCUCUUGCAGCUGUUUCCUUAAGACCAGCAGAAGCUGCUCGUGGGUUAACACCGCAGAGGGGCCAGGUACUGAGUUUACAGCAAGAACAUUGACAAGGAGGACAACCAAAAUGAUGAUGGCCAGUACAGUAAGGUUUCAUGACCCCCUUCCACACACUGAAGCGUGUGUGGAGUUCUGUCUUCUGAAUAGGUAGUGCCUGUAAUAUAAAUAGUUGGUGGGCACUGCGUGUGCCAUAGAGCCACAGCUGAAGCCUGAAGGCUUCCUCAUUGCAUCAGCAAGGGCUUAGAAACAGGGACAGUAACCAACCAUCACAGGGGCAGGAGAGCAGCACCCUCCUUCUCUCACUAGCAAGAUUUCUUGAACAGAUUCCCAUUCAAUUAUAGAAACUGUGUGGCUUUUGUGUUUCACAGCUUCAGAGCACUGCUGCAUUUUAAUAAAAACUCAACUUCAGUAACCACUCUAAUAAAGACACUGAACUCCUGAGGAGAAGGGAAACUGAAUCAGUCAUAAUUCAUGUCUUAUUUGUAUCUGUUAACAUAUAUUUUAUACAUAAUGUGGACUACUACUACUUUAAUUUAUUAUUCCAUUAACUUCACUGUUUGUUGUGGGAAGUUAGAGCCAGUAAUCAUUCCUUUUCUCAGAUGUGCUGAAUAAUAAGCACACUGGAAAGUAAAAAAAAAAAAGGUAUACUAUGCAAUGUAUCAGCUGUCUUUUAUCUGUGGAUAGAAAACGUUCAAAUAAAGAGAAGUAUGUUUUUAA